CAAUCGCAGUGGCUGUUGGGAAGAAAGGUCAAGAAUCGAUGGCUGCGGAAUGCACGGAUUUACUGCCGUGAGAAAAACUAUGGCUUUAUAGCGCAAACUCCUACUCCCCGAGAAACUGCUUAACUAUUUUAAACAAGACCCGAGUGCUAUGCUAGCGGUAGUACAUCGACAUUUUUUAUAAUAUCUUUCGUUAAUUUCUCUGAGACUCAAUCGACAGUCUGGCUAGCUCCCCAUUAGCUGGCUAGCAUUGUUUUUGUUUUCGAUUCAUUUGGUGGUCGUAGAAAAAAAGUAGUCCCCGAAAGUACCCCAGCCGAGGCAGGGGUCUGGACUGCACGAGAUAUGUUUUUCUGUCCAUCCCGGGAAGAUGGAUGAAAGGUCCAGCGGCAGCAGCCACCACAGGCUCUUAAUAGUCCUGCUCAUGGUGUUGCUCUUCGGCGUCAUCACGAUCCAGUAUGUGUGCCCGAGCGGGUCUGAGUGCCAGAUGCUUCACCAGCUCAUGUCCUGGUUCAAGGACGGGAGUGCAACUGGUUCCCGAGGCAGGGGCGAUCACAUGCAAGCAGGGCUCCAAAAGGACCCGUACAUCGCAGAAGACGGCGCCCUGGUCCGCUUUGUUCCUCGCUUCAACUUCACCAAAGCGGACUUGAACCGCGAUGUGGACUUCAACAUCAAAGGAGAUGACGUAAUAGUUUUCCUGCACAUACAGAAAACCGGUGGCACCACGUUCGGUCGACACCUGGUGCGUAACAUCCAGCUGGAGAGGCCCUGCGAGUGUCACGCAGGUCAGAAGAAAUGCACCUGUUACCGCCCAGGUAAAAAGGAAACCUGGCUUUUCUCGCGUUUCUCCACCGGCUGGAGCUGCGGGCUCCAUGCGGACUGGACUGAGCUGACCAGCUGCGUCCCGUCACGCAUGGACUCCAGAGAGGUUCCCGAAAACAUCCCCAGAAGGAACUAUUAUUAUAUAACCAUCUUAAGAGAUCCAGUAUCACGGUACCUGAGCGAGUGGCGCCAUGUGCAACGCGGUGCUACGUGGAAGGCUUCCUUACACGUGUGUGAUGGACGUUCCCCAACCCUGUCUGAGCUGCCGAGCUGCUACUCGGGUGACGACUGGUCAGGGUGCUCCCUGCAGGAGUUCAUGGACUGCCCGUACAACCUGGCCAACAAUCGGCAGACCCGCAUGCUGGCUGAUCUGAGCCUAGUUGGUUGCUACAAUGUCUCUGCCAUGAAUGAGGAAGAGCGGUGGGCGUUACUCCUUGAGAGCGCCAAACGCAACCUGCUUGGCAUGGCCUUCUAUGGCCUGACUGAGUACCAGCGUAAGACCCAGUAUUUGUUUGAGCGCACCUUCCACCUUGAGUUCAUCACACCUUUUACACAGGUCAAUGGCACACGUGCAUCCAGUGUGGACGUGCCUGCUGAGACAGAGCACAGAAUCCUCAAACUGAACCGGUGGGAUGUGGAGCUGUACGAGUAUGCCCGUGACCUUUUCCUGCAGCGCUUCCAGGUGGCCAGGCAACAGGAGCGCAGGCAGGCCAGGGAGAGGCGGCAGCAGGAGAGGCGGCGUCUCCGUGGAAGGCUCACGACAAAGCAAGGGAGGCAGAUGAAGCCCACUGAACCACCCCGGCAUCCUGACGGACACUCUGUAGAAUCUGAAGACAGGCAGAGGGGAAAGGCUCGGGGUGACGGCGAGGAAUCUGACGUUCUUCUCCCAGCCUGGUGGGAUCUGGAUGAGAACAGCACCCUGGAGGAUUACAUGGACAAUGUGGAACAGUGGUAAUGACAGGAUCAAGCAAUCGGGUGUCUUAAAGCUUAGUGUGCCAAGUUCUGCCUUGUUUUUUUUUAAUCAAUCCAAGUAAUUUUUUGUAGAUGCCUUUUAUUUAGUGUUCUUUAUUCUUACCAUGGAUUAAUAAUGACACGUUUAUUUAUUGAUACUGAUUGUAUUUCUUUGUCAUAACAGACAUUCAAAAUGGAUACGUUUCCCUGACAGAAAGAAAGGCUUGUCUAUGUAGUGCAGUCCUUUACCUUUAAGUGAUCACCUAAGCCUUCCAGACUAUUAUCCUGGUGUAGUGAUACCUCUGGACUCUUGUGAUAUAUCUUGGAAUGAGGCAAAGUUCAUUUUUUUUUAUUGUUAAAAAACAAUAUUGUUCUUGUUUCUAUAAUAGUAUGCUACUGUUUGUGAUUUACAAUCUAUGUUUGCCAAAUUGUUGUCUUGUCUGACACAUGUUCAUUUUAAAAUGUAAAUGUGAAUUUAAGUGUCUUAAUUCACAGAAAAGGAGAAUGGAAUCUUCAUAGUUACCUCAAUGUGUUGCAUUAACUGCUAAUGUUGUAAAAGUACUGAAUGUGUUUAAAGUCUUGAUUUUAUAUAAAACACUUUUACAUUCA